AUGAUUGAUCCACCGUACGUAGCAUGGAUGAAGGAACAGAAAAAGCAGGGGAAGCCGUCUCCUUCCAUCAAGCGAAUAGCAAAGGCUAAACGCGAUUCUGCUGGCGCCUCCACUAGCGGCAGUUCGCGGCGCGAAUACGAUCAUGGCGCCGACACGGACGUCAGCGACGACGAUCUCGAGGAGAUCAUGUCCGAAUCCGACAGCGAUGCAGACUCUGACAACUACAAGGAGUGCAGUGACGACGACGCCGAAGAAACGGACGGAGGCGAGGAGGGUAGCGGCGACGACGGCAGCAACCGUGCGCCGAGGAAGGAGAGACGCGUGCCUGCAGCGCCAAACAGGCGGCAGUGGUCCGACGCUGAGCUCACGGCACUCGCGGCCGCCCGUUGGAACACCAAGGAUGAUGUGAUCGCGAUGCAAGGGAAGCAGGGGAGUCAGUAUUGGAAGAAGCUGCGUGCGCACAUAGUCGAGGGGGACCCUGACUGGAACCGCGAUGAGGGGCAGAUGUCGAACGCCUGGAAGCGCCUGGAGAAGAAGUACCUGAAAACGAAACGUGGAGAGGGGCAGAGCGGCGGGAAAGCCAUCAAGAAAAAGGCGUGGUGGGAAUACAUGUACAGCCUUAAAAAACAUUCGGCCAAGGCCAAGCCACACGCCCUUGACGGAGGUGGCGCCGCUAACGUCGACGUCCCUGCAUACGCCGCUGUGCCAGGCACCAACGAUCGUUAG